GUGAUAUGAAUACUCCCACCCUCACGCUGGGUAUCUCCUCCCAUAUUACGCCGGCUACCUGAACGAGGAUCCGCCAUGACAGCCUGACCGCUACCAUGUACAACCCGAAAGCCAAGCACUCCUGCUCUGUCGUCGGAUGCACGGAUACUCAUGUUUCCCUACAUCGCCUCCCUGCCAAAGAGGAUAUCAGAGCGAAGUGGCUAAAUUUUAUUUUUCAGGGAAACGUCCCAGCUUCAGUGAGCAAAAGCGUUUUUGUCUGUGCCAAUCACUUCACGCCGGACUGUUUCAGCAACGAGGGUCAGUAUAAGGCUGGACUGGCAACGAGAUUGUUCCUAAAAGAUGGAUCCAUACCCACUGUCCGUGGCGACGCCACAGAUGAAGGAACUCCAAGCACAUCUGUACAGCAGCCUGUGGUGCAUCAUGUUGCCUGCCAGACAGACCAACCAGUGACAUGCACAGUUGGCACACAGCUUUCCAUGAGAACUCUCCAGCCUCACUUCAGAAGCACAGGCACACAGAAAUCAGUGUCCUGUGUUGAUGUUGGAGUUGGCACCUCAACCAUUGCCUUAUCAACUUCUCAACCAUUCUUAUCAUCAACCCCAAUAAAGAGACCACGCAAAAGGGCUCGCUUGGAACUGGAGGAGGAGGAAGAGGAGAAUCCAUUGGAGGGCAGUUCAUCCAUGGACAUUCCCGACCCCAAGGAUUCUUCGUAUGAUCCUGAGGACUCUGUCACAGUUUUGUCUGAGUCAGCAGAUGUGACACUGGAGCCUUCCUGCCCUGUUCAUAAGACACCAACAUAUAUUGUCUAUGAAAAGUGUCUGAUGGAGCUGUUUGAGGUGUGCCCUGUCUGUCAGCGUGUUUCAGACGUGCAGACAAGAAGGAUAGGCAUGUUCCUCUCUGUAGAACAGACAUGCCCACAUUGUCAGUUCUUCAGAAAAUGGAACAGCCAGCCAAUUCUGGGAAGCACACCUGCAGGAAACCUCCAGCUUUCAGCUGCAGUAUACACCACAGGUGCAUCUUUCUUCAAACUUGAAAAGAUCUUCCGGGCAAUGCAGCUGAAGAUGUUUCAGUAUGACACUUUUCGCCGUCAUGCACGGACGUGCAUAGAGCCUGCCAUCAUACACACGUGGAAGACUGUGCAGGAUGCCAUGAUGGAGCAGCUUAGUCAGCAGGAGAGUGUUAUCCUAGGUGGCGACCUAAGGGCUGACUCACCAGGGCACUCUGCCAAGUUUGGCAGUUACUCAAUGAUGGACCUGAGGAGCAACACUAUUAUUGACAUACAGCUGGUUCAGGACUGUCCAAAAAACUGGUCAAGAUAGCCCAGAACAAAGAUUGCGUGAAGCUGAAGAAGUGGCUUCGCAGCAUAAAGAACCAUGUGUACUGGACAGCAGCCUCCUCUACGUCAGGGCCAGAGAGAGUGGCUAAG